GAAUAUCGACCGAAAAAGUUUACACAAGAUUUUGGUGGUAUCCGAAAUAUGGUUGCCGGUUGGGAACAGCAAUUGAGCAACAAUUUAGCAAAUCGAAAUAGUAGUACACUAUUGACACCUACCUCUCCAUAUCCUGAGAACGGUUCCCUAAUUAAUCCUCCUCCUUAUCCUUCUGUUUCUAACACUCCCUCCUCUACUAAUACGGCUUCUUUGUUAUCAUCACCAACAUCAGCAGUUACAUCAACCCCUGGCAAGGCUGGUUCUGGUGGUAUUUUACCUAACUCAGCAUCCUCCGGUGGAUUAAAAUCAGCUCGAGAAGCAUUUUUUGCUGAUCCCAGUCAAUCAUUAUCUGAUACCACUAAAACAAAUAUUAUUGAUACUCCUCAAUCUCCACAACUAACAUCGUCCACCCUGGUUUCUCCUCUCACUACAAGUAAACCAUCUCCUCGGUUUGCUAGCGUUGAUAGACUUUCAGGGAGACAGAAAAUUUACGAUCAAACGUCCGAACUGAAAUCUCCAUCACCUGAACCUUGUGUUGUUGAAGAUGGUGAAGCACUCAACUCGAAACGGGACCUAUAUUCAACACGAGAUAUUUCACAAAGUUCAGUUAAUUCAUCUACAGAUUCAUUGUUAAAUUCAACUUCAGCGCUUUCAUCUUCUACUCGCAAUGCUCUUAGUGGUAGCAAAACGGAUUUAAUGUAUUCCCGCUCAAGAAAUCUUUACCGUGACACUCUCGACUCAGCAGAAACCAGAAGAUCAAUGCUUUCUUCAGCUACCCCUCAAGAUAAGUUAAUGGUGGCCAAAGAUUCGGAAAGAAAUGUUGGCUUUAGUGACCUUCCAAAUCAAAUUCACCGUAAAACCAUCAAAAAAGGAUUUGAAUUUACCCUCAUGGUCGUAGGAGAAUCAGAAUUGGGGAAAUCAACACUGGUCAAUUCAAUGUUUUUGACUGAUAUUUAUUCAGAUGAAUAUCCUGGACCAUCCAAAAGGCUUAGUAAAACCGUUGAUGUUCAGGCAACCAAAGUAAACUUGAAAGAAAAAAAUGUUAAUUUAUCAUUAACCAUUGUGGAUACUCCUGGUUUCGGUGAUUCACUUGAUAAUACUAAUUCAUGGCAGAAAAUUAGUGAAUAUAUUGAAGAUCGAUAUGAAGAAUAUCUGAACGCAGAAACAAAGCUCCACCGAACCCAUAUUCCUGAUAAUCGUGUGCAUUGCUGUUUGUAUUUCAUAUUACCUCGUGUAACUUUAAGAGCAAUUGAUAUAGAGUUUAUGAAAAAUUUACAAGAUAAAGUCAACAUCAUACCAAUAAUUGCCAAAGCUGAUACCUUAACAGAGGAAGAAUGCCAACAAAUGAAGAAAAAUGUCAUGAAUCAAAUAGCACAACACAAAAUCAGAAUUUAUGAAUUUCCCGACUGUGAUGACGAAGAUGAUGCUAAAUUAUUAAAACAGCUCAAAGCUCGGAUUCCAUUCGCAGUUGUCGGCAGUAAUCAAGUUGUAGAUACACCAAGUGGCGAAAGAAAGCGAGCAAGAAAGUAUCCUUGGGGAACAAUUGAAAUUGACAACCUGGAACAUUGUGAUUUCAUUGCUCUUCGUAUGAUGCUUAUCAAGUAUUUCAUGCUCGACUUGGUUGAUACAACAAAUAAUGUUCAUUAUGAAAAUUAUCGGUGCCGAAAGUUAUCUGGCGUUGGAACUGAAAAAUCUUCAAAAGACAAUAAUAUAAAUCCUUUGGCUCAAAUGGAAGAAGAACGUAAAGCCUCAGAAGCCAAAUUGAGAAGACUUGAACAGGAAAUGGAUCAUGUUUUCGAAACCAAAGUUAAGGCCAAAGAACAAAAACUCGAAGAAAUGGAAGCAGAAAUACUUCGUUUUGACGAGCAAAAUCGUAAAGUUCAUGAAAAAGAGGUACAAGAAUUGGCUGAUAAAAGAGCUGCUUUUGAAAAGGAAAGAGACGCUUUUGAAGUAAUUGCACGAGAAAUGGAAGAGAUGAGAAAGAAUACUUUGGAAGCAAAUAUUAGAGAAGCAAUGGAAAUCAAGGAAAAAAAGAAGGAAAAGAAACGCCUUUUUUGAACGGAUUCUUACUGCGAAUUCCAAGUCAUUUUUUAGUUGAAAACUCGCCCAGAAAACUUAAAGGAAUCAAGCCAUUCUGACGAUUAAUGAAACAAUUGAAAUCCAAGUCAAGUUUAUUCAUCACCGGAUCAAGUCAUAAUUUUUUGCAAUCUUAAUUUCUUCUUCCAGAAAACGAUUAAUGCCAAUCAUUUUCACUCCUUUUAACAUAAUAAUUAUGAUUAUAAGAUAUUUGCUACAAAUUUCUUCUUUUCUACUGCUGCUUAAUUGUUUGAAGCUGUAGCGCAAAGCAUGCUCCUGAAUAACACCAUCAUCAACAGCAACAACCCUUUCGAAACAUUAAUUAACAAGAUGGACAACUUAUUAUCAUAUCAUCUUAUAAAUCCAGUUUGUUGUAACCAACUAAUCAAUUACAUUUGCCAUUACAAGUAAUACUUCAUAAUAUGCUAUUAUGAAAUGAUUCUUGUGGAUCAUCCAGAUUAUUAUUUAUAGAUUGUAUUAUUGCUAUUAAUUAAUUAAUUACUAAUAACUGACUUAAACCGUAGCAACAUCUUUUAUUGCUUAAGGACAGUUAUUACAAUUGAUCUACUUUCCAGACGAAAUUCAAUUAACUGUCAAUCUUAAAAAGCUAUUUCUCAUUCAAUUCAUGAUAUAUCUCUUUCCCAUUACCUUUUUGUCAUUCAAUCAAUCCAACCUUGAUUGCCUCCUUUGUCUUUAAACUAAUAACAACCUUAAUCAACAUACACUUUGAUUAAUUAAUUAAAAGCGUACUAAAUUAGCAUUUGAGUCUCACAAGCCCAUUCACAUGAA